AUGGAAAGGUUCAAUAAGGCGUGCCUAGAAAUUCAAGACCUGCCUACAGAAGCAGUGAUUACGAGCUUGGUAAAUGGACUUCGAGAAGGCCCUUUCUCCCAUUCCAUCUCGAAAAGGCACCCAACUUCUUUGCGUGAUGAACAGGAAAGAGCGGAGAAGUAUAACAUAGAGAAAAAUGCCAGACUGCGGGAACCCAGCUGGAAAAUCUGUCACACUGAAAGGCUACCUCCCCCUAGACCCAUCAAGAAUAAGAAAGGGGAAAGUCGCGGCGACUACUGUGAGUACCAUAAGCUAUGUGGUCACUCAACAAAUGAUUGUUAUGACCUGAAGAAUGUGAUAGAAAAGCUGACCAGGGAAUGUCGGCUUGAUAGAUAUCUCAUGAAAAGGUUGGACCAUCAUGGCAAGAGGAAGCUAGGUGAGGAGGAUCCAAGAGAUCCACCACCACAGACCCCAGAAAGGCACAUACAUAUGAUCUCGCAAGGGUUUGCUGGAGGAGGUCUCACAAAGUCGUCUCGCAAGAGGCAUCUGAAGGAAGUUUACCAGGUCGAGGGCGAACUGCCCGACCUCCCAACCAUCUCUUUCACCAAAGAAGAUGGGCAAGGCAUUGUUCCUGGACAUGAUGAUCCGGUAGUGAUUACCAUGAUUCUCGUCAACACCCAUCUACACAGAACCCUGGUGGAUCAGGGGAGCUCGACCGACAUCCUGGUCAAACCAGCAUUUGACAAAUUAGGGUUGGAUCAAAAGGACUUAAGGGCAUACCCUGAUAUCCUAUAUGGGCUAGGGGAUACACCCAUAAAAGCACUGGAAUUCAUAUCCCUACAUACAACUUUUGGAAAGGAGAUGAAAUCCAAGACUCUAAGUAUCGACUUCAUAGUCGUCGAUGUGGGCUUAGCCUAUAACGCUUUAAUAGGCAGAACAACCCUAAAUCGGCUUGGAGCAUUGGUGUCUACCCCCCAUCUCUACAUGAAGUUUCUAACACCAGAGGAAAUUGCAACCAUUAGGGGAGAUAAAAAACUGGCGAGAAAGUGCUACAAUGAAAGCCUAAACCUGAGAGGAAAAGGCAAGGAGGUUCACACCAUUGAGCUCGGAGGAAUUCGAGCUAAAGAAGAGUUACGACCACAGCCCGAGGGAAAGACUGAAGAGGUACAGGUCGGGAAGGAGGAAGGAAAGAAUACCAACAUAUGA